GGACUAACCUGCUUGGGGACUUCACACUUGCAGGCAGGUAAGAGCACACUGGGAUCAGAUGGGUGGUUAGAAGCCAAAGUUAAAGGGAUUACUCUUGGCUGUCGAACACAGGAGGAUCAUUUGGCUGGCGGCAGUCCAACAACUCCUCCCGGAGACAGCAGGACCUAUCAAGCCCAGCUCUCACGGCUUGUUAAAUAGCCAUGGAGCCGAGAAAUCGUGGGUGAUACCGCCCGGUUGUCUCGAAGGCAAACAGCUGAGCAGCUGCCUUUGAGUUGGCGCCGUUAAAGGAAUUGAUGCUGUCUGGGAGGAGAUUUCAUCUGUGAUUUCACUGUUGACAUGUGUUGCACCACUACGUCUCAAUCCAACGCGUAUGACCUCCAUUCAUGGUGUUCGUCACAACAGAGCUAAGGCCCGGGAGGACGUUGGUCAUUUGUCGAGGAAUAACUUGGACUCAGGCCAAAUAUGGCCAGAGACGUCAGUCCUCUGUCUGCAAGACACCAGCAAUGGGAUGGAGCCUCUCUGGGGUUUGUCCUCUCCUUCUUCCCCCUACGUUCUCUGAUUCUCUACUACUUCCUGUCAUGUGCAGCAUCAGCAACAGGAAGUCUGCCGGGCAUUGAAUAUGACUAUGGCAGUAGCCCCAAAUUUGUCUGCACCCCAAUUCCCCCAGAAGCGGACCCCAGCUGCUACUCCCCGCCCAGUGUGCCCCAUGGGCCGAGCAGCACCGGCCACACAAAUGGUCCCAACGGCAGCAGCCGGCGAGGCGUGAUGUCCGACGAGGCCAAAGCCACCAUCUUGCACCUGCGCGAGAGCCUCGUGAGGCAAAAGGAGACCAUCCUGGACCAGCGGGAAACCAUCAGGGAGCUGACCGCCAAACUCACCUUGUGCGAGGGCUUCGGUGGUCACCAUGGCACCGAUCACCACAACAACCACCACGAAAACCAUCCCGAUACUCACCAUGACACCCAUCAUGAAAAUCAUCACGACGGGCACCCCGAUGACCACCGCGGGCAUCACGGUGGCCACCAUACGCCAUCGUCAUCGCACCACGGGCCUUCGUCGCAUCACGGCAGCGACCACCACUACUCCCAUGGCGGCCACAGGUCGGAGCCCCACCCAAGGAAGGGCUCGUCGUAUGGAAAACACAGCUCCUUCUCCCCCGAACAGACGGGGAAAACACUGCAGACACUGAAGGAAAGGCUGGAGAACUUGCAGGCCAGGAACUCGUCCAGCUCGUACUCCAGCUCCCUGAGAGAACUCCUCCAGCGGAAGAUCACCGCCCUGGAGGAGCAGCUGCACAGCUACUACCAAGAUCACCGUGACGAUCACCACGACGACCACCACGGCAGCAGCCGCCCCGACGAUCACCACGACGAUCACCACGAUGAUCACCACGACGAUCACCACGAUGAUCACCACGACGACCACCACGGCGGCAGCAGCCGCCCCGACGACCACCCCGACGACCACCCCGACGACCACGGUGGCACCAGCCACCACGUCGACCACCCAGACGGCCACCACGGCACCGGUCAUCGUGGCGGCCACUACAACGACCACCGUGGUUCUGGUCGCCGUGACGACCAUCACGACGACCACCGUGGCACCGGUCACCACGACGACCACCAUGACAGCUAUCACGGCAAUCACCACGGCAGCCACAGGAACAACCAUCGCAGCAGCGGUCACCACAGUCGCCAUCACUACGACUGGCACCACGGCCGUGAGCGCGGUCACCACGGCGACCAUCACAGCCCCCACCACGACGAUCUCCACGACAAUCGCCACGACGAUCGCCACGACGACCAUCACGACGACCAUCACGGACCUGGACACCACGAUGACCGCCACGACGAGCGCCGCGACGACCGCCACGACAACGGCCGCGACGACCGCCACGACGAUCGCCACGACGAUCGCCGCGCCAACGACCACCACGACAGCCGCCACGGUAACGAUCACAGCCCACCACGACGGUCGCCUAUCGGCGGCAAAGAGACGAGUCUGCGAGGUGCCGCUCACGGCAAGCUGGAAACGGUGCUCGGCCAACUGCACCUCUCCGUCUCACCAGGAAAGAAGCUAAAGACUCCCAGCGCUUUCCUGCUCGACUUCCCCAUGAAGACCAACUACAUGUACGCCAGGAUGAAGCGGUCGCCGCUCAACGAGAUCUUCGCCCUGACCAUCUGUCUGUGGCUGAAGGCUGGAGCAGGUCCCGGCCUCGGCACUCCCUUCUCCUACGCCGUACCUGGACAAGCCAAUGAGCUGGUGCUCAUCGAAUGGGGCAGCAACCCUAUGGAGCUGUUAAUCAGCGACAAGGCGGUUACAUUGCCGAUAACCAUGACCGAUGGGAAGUGGCAUCACGUGUGCAUGACGUGGACGACACGCGACGGCGUCUGGGAGGCCUACCAGGACGGGGUGAAGAAAGGCUCGGGACAAAACCUGUCAGCGUGGCGCCCCAUUGAACCAGGAGGGACCUUCAUCCUGGGCCAGGAGCAGGACACGAUGGGAGGCCGCUUCGACGUCACCCAGUCCUUCAUGGGAGAAUUGUCUGAUCUCCAGUUCUGGUCCAGGGUCCUGACGGCCAACGAGAUCUACAGCCAGGCGACCUGCGGCGGCCACCUCAUCGGCGAUGUCAUGUCCUGGUCCGAGGAGUCAGUGGAGCUCCACGGGGGGCUCACGGAUGUUCCCUUUGACCCCUGCCACCACUAAGGACUAAGGACACUGGACCCCGGCACCUAGAGCCGUAGCAUCAUCAUGCCCACAUUUCCAAUGCCCCUGUCAGAAAAUAGUUGGAGAGUGGGAUAUUGUGUCAAGGAUCAAAGAUGGGGGGAAUGAUUUAUUUCAUUGCUUGCUCUGGUUGCAAGCUCGGCCAUGGGCAACAGGCUGAGCAGGAGCAGUCAUUCUGCUUUUUGCUAUUAUUAUUUUUCUUUCUGCCUUCUCCACCUACACCCUCACUUUUUCGCUCCGCUGCUCUCAGCAGGACGACUCUGAAGGCUUCAACGAGCGCGCGGCUUUGGAUUUACCGGCCGUGCGGUCAUGGCUACAGCCUGCUUCUGAGGGAUCUAGCACACAUAAGAGGAUUUCAUUCCAUCAUAACAGCUCCAAAGGUUACUUGUUGCCAUCAGCUCGCCUGCACUCGCUUGCUUUUGUUUGGUACGUGAGCAGCAUUGACUUUACAGGAGGUGAAAGAGAAGCCACAGUGGGACCCAAACCGUGAUGUUCAUACAUGUUGGACUGAAAAUCUGCUCGUUGUUUAGUAGGAAUAAUGCUGUUUCAGGACCUUUUUUACAAUUUAGGUAAAAUGUGGUGCAAUCUACUGAUGUUAAUUUUGCACAUUGAGAUUUUGGCGGACUGUUUCCUACUAGUAUUUCAUAUUGAAAACUCCUCUUUUUUUGUAGAAAGAAAACAGAAUUUGAUUUUGUGGCACUCAGGAAAAAACAAUAAUCCGUGUGUUAUGUGUUCUUUAUAACCGAAAUGUUGCAUUUUUUUCAAUGCAGGACUGAGUAAGAAAAAAAAGUUAAAAAAUCAGUUUCUCAGCUCAGAAGUUGGCCGUUACACAAGCUCAAUGUCGGACCUGACACGUUACGCCUCCGGGUCACCUGACGGCAUGGAUACAGUGUCCAUCAUCAUCUUGUCACCGUGGUAAUGCUGACGUGUCCUUUGGCAACCUUUGGCUUACAGCAGGAUUUACCUGCGGACUGCUGAUCUGAUCCUGCCUAUUUCCAACCAGCUCAAACCACAUUACAGAGUCAAACACACACUCACAUACACACACACUCACACACACACUCACACUCACACACACACACAGACGCUCAGAGAAGAUGAAAAGGUGAACAGAGACAUUGUUGAUCUCUGCUUGUAGCUGCACCUUUACGUUUUUAUAAAGAUAAGAGGUUUUUGUACAUGUACAUUCUACCAGAUAGUGUGCUUUUUCAAAAUGAAAACGUGUAUUGUUACAUUUGUAAAUAAGUAAAUAAGUACAUAACCAUAGAGUUAACGUUGGGUUGAGAGAGUGCUGUUUGUAAAGCACAGUUUUGGGAGUAAACUGCUGAUUAGUAUUUGCUCAUUAUUACCCUCUCUGACUUAAACUCAGAGAGGAUGAGCUCUCUUUAUUGAUUGUAUAAAAAAUAAAAAUAAGGGGUAUCUGCUGUUGCCGUGGUAACAGGAUCUCUCAGCAUCAGGACCACGUCAUUGCACUACAGCUGUAAAUAUCUGCGAAAUGUUUCUUCGACUGCAAUGCCAAGACGAGCAGCACUUUAAGAACCACGCUGCUGCUUCUCCUCUCAUGAUAGUCGGCCAAAUGCACGUUUGUUUCUUUUUUGUUGCUUCUGUCUGUCGCUCCAUAGACGUCGUGUUUGUACACCUCCUCCUCCUCCUCCUCCUCCGACC